AUGUCGACCAAGGACUUCUACAAUACGCUCGAGACAAAGGCAUCGCAAGAGUACCCCGACGAGGUAGCUUCCAGCUACAUGGAAUAUUAUUCUUCAGCCAAGAAGGAUCUGGAGGCUAGAAAUCUUGACCUCGGCCACGAGUCCGCACUUCUCUUGCAGAUUCAGAAAAGGUCAACUGCUGCGCUUCAGCUUAAUUGGGACCCAAUGAUGCCCCCAAUGCAUCAUUUUAGCGUUUUUUCCAGUGACCCCCCUCUGCAAAGCGAACAAGCAGAGCAUGGUAACAAACUCAUUGUCCCCCCAGAUGGGUUCGAAGGGGAUUCUUCGCGUCUACGCCUCCAAGCUUCUGGGAAUGGACCUGAGUCAGUUGCCUGUCACAGUUACUUUGGGCCUCAUAUUGCACAGCAUCUGGGCUUCGGUACUGUGUGGGGCCCAUCCAAGUCAAAGGACUGUGAUACGCCUCCGAGGAUCAAGGAGCUUCUUCUGCGUGACCGAGAAUUCGUUUCUCACAAAUUGGAACUCAACAAAAAGUCGCGUGCUCUUAUGAACCGAAAUGAACACUCGAGAAUGAUGGUAGACUCGAUGUCUUACAAAAUGCUGCCACAGCACAAGAACGCGACUCUGUUCCAUGACAUGACCCUCGUCUCCGAGCAGACGGAGCAUGAAAAUAUGCUUCAGUCCCACAGGCGCCCAUGGAGACCUCCUCAAAAUGCUGCUGCUCUGCCAGAUUUCCAUUUCCCCUCCAUUUCGACUUCCUCUGAGUCACGGGAAGAAAAUGGAAAUCUUCCUUGGGUCCCAGAGGAUCCUCCAAGCACGGCUCAAGCCGAAAUUAAUGUGUCGCCGUACUUCCGACCUGGUUUACCAAAUAAGCACCAAUCUAGCUCGUCCGCGUCAAUUCUCCACAAGACUGCACUAAAUGUUAGCAGCACACCUUCCAAGGGAACGACAGUCCGCCCAAUUCCUUCUGAAGAAUACCCUGAACUUCCUGUCUCUUCAUCUCGUGAUUUUCGUCGCAAAAAGCCCAUCAUCUCUGGCCCUGUGCCGAAUGAAAAGAUCAGGUCUUCGAUGACAGGAUUUACUGAGUCUGAGAACGAUGAUGGUACGUUAUUAAAACCUAUCAGCCUGAAUGACACGCCACCUAUUGGAAAGUCCCCUGCCGCAGGACUUGAAACUUCGCACACGUCCAGUACGGGGCUCUCCAGUACAGGCCUUGGCUCUCUAUCCAGAUUCAUGGAAACGAGAGGCGUCAUCACGUCAAGCGACCCUGCAACUAGCCCAUACUUUGAUCGUGGUGAAACUAACCAGACCAAUGAACAACAGUGUCAAUCGGAUCAAGCCCGUAUUCUCUCGGUUCCGGGAGAAGUGCCCUUUGAGGCAGCUAAAGAUUGUUCCCUCGCCCUUUCGAUAAUCAACCCUGAUUCCGAAACCAUCUCAGCCAAUCUCUUGUUGUUCCUUUCCAUGAACCUUCUCAAAACACAUCUCCGACUAGUUCGAUCUCUCGAACAGCGACCAACACCUCCUAGACUGAUCUAUCGAGAAUACAUAUCAUCAUCGAACCCGCCAUACCCGGAUUCUACAGUUCCAAAUUUACAAGAUCAAGCUUUGACACCCACAGAAGCCGACUUGAUCAUCGCCCCGACUGUCGGUAUCAUACUUACAACAUCACAUGCAUUAACUCAGGUUUACCUACCUGGGCAUCAAUCUGAUGAUCCCUUCAUCCGACAGCACAAAGAUAUCACUUCCCCCCUGAAAGAACGAGUCUUCCGCCUGGCACCUCGGUACGAGAUUUUGUACUUGCUAAUCAGCCAUCAAUCUCCAGCAGCCGAUCAAGCACAUAUCCACCAGACAAAAGAAUUACAAAUUACAAAAUCUACAAAAACUUCACUUGACUCGCUUUUAUUAUUUUGCACCGCCCUUUCCAAUUCAACAACAAUUGUCCCCCUCCAUAUUCCUACCCUUCCAGAAAAAACAGCAGAAUGGAUUCUCACCCUUGCAACAAAACACUCUCUUUCCCUUUCGACAAUUUCUCACCCCGCCCCCUCCGCAAACGUCGAUGCCCAUAAAAGGAUCUCUCAACAUGUUACUCUGAACGAAAUCAUCCAGGAAGAGGAAUCCGAAUCGGAGAGGUUUCUUCGGAUAAUCGGACUGAAUCCUUUCGCGGCGAGGACAGUACUCGAUAUCAUUGACUCGGAGGGUCGCGUCUCUGAAGAGUGUGACGAUGAGCCCGAAGAUUUCCCGAUCAAGACUCAAGACGAUGAGAACAAGUCUGCGUUGGCUGUUUUCAUGGAGAUGAAGCCUAGUGAGAGGCUUGCUCGAUUUCGAGGAUUGAUUGGGGAGCGUCUGUGGGCUACAUUUCAUUGUCUUGUUUGA